AUGGCGGGCUGGUGGCGGGUGCUGCCGCGCGCAGCCCGACGCUACCCGUGGCCCACGAACGUGGCGGUCUAUGCUUCCCUGUUCUCGGCUGGGGACGCGCUGCAGCAGCGGCUCAAGGGCGGCCCGACCGACUGGCGCCAGACGCGGCGCGUGGCCACGGUGGUCAUCGCCUUUCACGCCAACUUCAGCUACGUGUGGCUCCGCUUGCUAGAGCGCGCGCUGCCCGGCCGCGCGCCCAGGGCCAUCCUGGCCAAGGUGCUUUGUGACCAGGUGCUCGCCGCGCCCAUCGCCGUCUCGGCCUUUUACGCAGGUAUGAGUAUUCUCCAAGGGAAGGAUGAUAUAUUUUUAGACCUGAAACAGAAAUUCUGGAAUACGUAUAAGAGUGGUCUGAUGUACUGGCCUUUCGUACAGGUGACCAACUUCAGCCUGGUUCCCAUUUACUGGAGAACAGCUUUCAAUGGCCUCUGUGGCUUUCUCUGGGCCAUCUUUCUUUGCUUUUCACAACAAAGUGGUGAUGGCACAAUGAAGUCAGCUUUAGCCUUCCUUCGUAGAAAGGAGGACAAUGCAUUAGAAAGGCCCUGGGCAAAAUGAGAAAACAAUGACUCCUUAAAGACACUACUUUUCCCCCUGAAACUCAGUGGAUCACCUGCAGAUAAAAUACCUGUCAUUAUGUGCUUCAUUAGGAGGAACUACCAUUCCAUAGACUUAUUUCUUGACUAAUUAUCAAUUAUCAUUUACAAUUUUAUUUAAACCACCUGUCUUUCCAUUCCAGUCUGAAAGUAUGAAGACAAUGACAGUGACAAUAUGGCAUUUUUUAAUUAUUAAAACUACUAUCCUAACACUUUAAUACCAGUUGAUUUAAGGGACUCAGUUUUGAUUGUUUACAUUUAUAUUCUAAAAUCUCAGGUUGUCUUCUGUAUGUUUUGGGGUCAGCAUUAACUUUUGCACAAUACAUAGUACUUAUAGUAUACGUCCAUUUACUUGGGAUUCAAUCAAGGAAAAGAAAGAAUAACCAGAUUCCUUCUCCAAAAUACUAUAUAAUGAAUUAUUGUUAUGAUGAUAUUAAAGUUCUGUAAAUACCAUUUUAUAAAAUUAGAAAAAAGUAUGAUCAUGCACUUUAUAUCAAUUAUAUUUCACUGUCUUCUUAUACUUCAUUGUUUUCUUAUGUAUUUCUAAGUUAAAUCCACUUUUGUUAAUGACUUUGUUUUGAGUGUAUUUAACUGCUCGCGUUUACCAUACCUAAAGUACCUAAUUUUGUAGAUGUGCAAAAAAAUAAACAAACAAACAAUAGUAAA